AUGUCAUUAUCCGUUGUCAUCAAUAAAAUCUGGUUCCACAACGAAGACAGCCGGAAGAAUUCAAUCCAUGAACCAUCUAGUGCGAUGGGUAUAGAUGAUAUAGACAAUAAAGACACACGAUGCCUGCGGUUCGUGACAUUCAAUGUGAAUGGUUUGCGCACACUCUUUGGACACUAUCCCUUCAGUCGGAUGAGUAAUUCUCUAGCGCAGGUUUUCGAGUAUUUCAAAAGCGAUGUUAUUACGUUUCAAGAACUCAAAACUGAUAAGCUAGCCAUCCCUCGAUGGGGCAUGGUAGAUGGCUACUAUUCUUUCAUUACGAUACCAAGCAAGAAGAAGGGGUACUCUGGUGUUGGGUGUUGGAUCAGAAUCCCUGAAGCAGCCGAUCCGUUGCGAUUAUCAUUACAAGUAUUGAAGGCGGAGGAGGGUAUUACAGGCAGACUAAAAAUUAAAAAGGAUGGCGCCUUGGUAGCAUAUUGCGAGGACCCGACCAUUGGUAUUGGUGGUUAUGAUGGCUUGCCCUAUGGGAGUGAUGCUAAUGCACAGGAACUAGACAGUGAGGGGAGAUGCCUUCUAGUCGAAUUGGCCUGUAAGGUGGUGGUCAUUUCCGUAUACUGCCCUGCUAAUUCUAUGAACACUGAGGAGGGUGAAGUUUUUAGGCUGCGUUUCCUGAAAACUCUAUUCAAACGUGUGAGGAACAUAGAGAAUCUGGGGAAGAGGGUGGUACUGAUGGGCGACCUAAAUGUAUGUAGGGACCUCAUAGACCAUGCGAGUUGCAUAACAAGAAAUAAUAUAAAGAUAAACCCAGACUGCGACGGUGCUGUUCUUGAAAGGAUUUAUCAAGAGGAAGCUAGGGAGUUUAUAUAUGAACCAUUACGAAUUGGAAGAAGGUUGCUAAAUGAAAUGCUCAUCGAUUCUAUAAUUCCGGAUCUGGCAGAAAAGGGCGUUCUCAUAGAUAGCACAAGAUAUGCUCAGGGAAGGAAGAGACUAAAGAUGUAUACCGUUUGGGAUACUUAUAGGAAUUCCAGACCGGCAAACUAUGGUUCCCGUGUGGACUACAUACUUGUGUCGAAGGCAUUAAAGGAGGGAGUUAAAAAAGCCGACAUAUGGGCUAAGGUGAUGGGGUCGGACCACUGUCCAGUAUUUACAGACCUUCAGAUAGAAGAAGAAGAUACCGUCGCUCUGGAGGAAACAACAAAAAUACCAAGGUUUGAGGUGCGGUUCAAUUAUGACCUAAAUCAUAAUAUAUUUGAUGCUUUCCGAAAGAAAAGUAUAAUCAAAUGCAAAAGUGCUACCAAACCGUUGAACCAGGGAAAAGUCCAAAAGAAGGCAACUAAAUCAAGUGAGUCUCAGAUAGAAAAAAAACCAGAUAAGUUGCUGCUCGGUGCCUCUAGUAGUAACAUAGCAGCAAGCGGCAAGUGCCAUGAGGAAGAGCAAGGGCAAUCAAUUGAAUGCGCUCCACUCGAACUUAACAAAGCUCCUGAACAACGACCCUCGGCGGUUGAAAAACCAUUUUUCGCCCCAUCAAAUGCACCUCUCUGCAAGCACGGAGACCGAUCGGUUCUUAAAACCUCGAAAACGUCGACGAAUUUUGGGAAACAGUUCUGGACGUGUAAGCGUCCCAGAGGAGCCCCAGAAGAUAUAAAAGCUUCAUGUGGCUUCUUUCAGUGGAAAAGUUAG